AUGGGUAUUACUCGUGACUCUCGUCACAAGAGAUCGGCCACCGGUGCGCGCCACGCUUACUACCGCAAGAAGAGAAAGUUUGAGCUUGGUCGCCAGCCGGCCAACACGCGUAUCGGCGCGAAGCGUAUUCACGAUGUGCGUGUGCGCGGCGGUAACAUCAAGCCGCGUGCGCUCCGUCUCGAGAGCGGCAACUUUGCGUGGGGCUCUGAGAACCUGACGGCUAAGACCCGUAUUCUCGGUGUCGUUUACAAUGCGUCUAACAACGAGCUUGUCCGUACCAACACCUUGGUAAAGGGCGCCGUGAUCCAGAUUGACGCUACGCCUUUCCGUCUUGCGUAUGAGAAGCACUACGGCACCCCUGUCACUCGCCGCCGUGUCCCUGGUGCCACGCAGACGACUGAGGAGGAGAAGAAGAGCAACCACGUCGAGCGCAAACUUACUGAGCGCCGCAAGGAUUCCAAGAUCGACCCUGUCGUCGAGCAGCAGUUUGGUGCUGGUCGUCUCUACGCUGUCAUCUCUAGCCGUCCAGGCCAGUCUGGCCGCGCUGAUGGGUACAUUCUUGAGGGUUCGGAGCUGGAAUUUUACAGCCGUCGUCUCCGUAACGCCAAGUCUAAGCACGCAUAA